UUGAACAUUGAUUUUUCAGUCGACCAUCGUCUAACUUUGAUUUACCUUUAAUUUAGUUUAAUAAUAUUCCUUGACGUCUUAUCGACACCACGUGCUGUUAGUGUCGUUGACAGUCACCCGUUGUCAUCAAACAUGCAUUUCGUAUGAUCCAUUGCUUUGAGGAUCACGUUGGAGUUGCGUGUAUUUUUUAUAACAUGUCUCGGGCCACAUUUGUGUUCAUUGUGUCGAGAAUACAAAGUAUCUUGUGAGCAACGAAUUCGCGUAAUUAUAUGUAAUAAUAAUUGAGAAUGUCGCAAAACGCACACGGACAAAACGCGAAAAUGCAGGAGCAACAUGAUACGUGUCAGGCUGAAUUUUAUACUGCGGCCGCGAAAUACUGGGACCGUAUUCCGCCCACGGUGGACGGAAUGUUGGGCGGUUUUGGAUUUAUCUCGCAGACUGACAUAAAGGGUUCCACGGUUUUCUUAAAAUCUCUUUUCGGGUUAGAAAACGCACCCGCCAAGAAGUUUGCCUUGGACUGCGGUGCUGGUAUUGGCAGAAUCACUAAGAAUUUAUUGAUAAAACACUUCAAACAUGUGGAUCUCGUUGAACAGAAUCCAAAGUUUCUUGAAGUAGCAAAGAUUUCUUUGGAAAAUUAUUCCUCAAGGAUCGGACAGUAUUAUCCUAUUGGCCUGCAAAACUUUUGCCCUACGGCAAGUAAGUAUGAUGUUAUAUGGUGCCAAUGGGUGUUAGGGCAUCUACAGGAUGAUCAUCUGAUUGAAUUUUUCAAAAAAUGCAUAUUGGGCUUGAAAGAAAAUGGUAUACUUGUAGUAAAAGAAAAUAUCACCAGAUCAAAUAACUUGGAAAUUGAUAAGGAAGACUCUUCUGUAACUAGAUCAUUGAAGAGCUUGCAAUCUUUAUUUGAAAAGGCUGAUCUUAUUUGUGUCAAAGAACUACAACAGACUAAAUUUCCCCGCAGUUUAUAUCCAGUUUAUAUGUUCGCUCUUAGACCAUCAAAUUACUGCAAUGAAUUAGUCAACGAUGCAUAAGAUAUGAACCAAAUAUACAAUUACUUCGUCUUCUAAUAUAACGUAUUUUAAAUGUGAGCUAGGUCAAUAUUUAAAUUAUUUUAGUUUUUUAAAAUUUACUUUUCUUUCUGUAAAGUACUUAUGAGAUGAAGACUUUUAAAUUACAAUUCUGCAAAACUUGUAAAAGUAAAUAUUAUGCUUUGCUCAUGUUCAUUAUCGCGAUAAUCCCCGCAUUCUUGAUUAAUAUUUUCCCUAUCGUUUACGUUCGUGGUUGAAUAAAAACACAAACAUAUUAAAAGAUGAUAAGCAAUGUUUAAUAAAACAACGUUACUCCCAAAUAUAUCCAGGGGAUCAAUCUUUACAUGUUUAGUCUUCUCACGAAUAUAAAUACAACGAAUGUGAUAUAAUCAA